GUCUGAAUAUACCCUAAGAUUGCGUGCGAAUUUCAAGUGUGUUUACGUUCGUAUUGUACGUGUAUGACGUGUAUUUAUAUAUUUCAACGUGUACAUUUGUUUAUUAUUAAUGUAAAAAUAUAAUUAUAAUUAUAAUACGGAUCAUUUAUCGAAAUACAGAUUAAGUUUAACAAGACUCGUGAUUAUAAAUAUUGCAAUAUGUGAUGAAUCUCAAUUUAACCUCAAAAUGCUGAAAAGUGGGAUACUAGAGUGAGAAAAAGUCAUGUACAUACUAUCUUCUUUAUAAAGAUAUAAAUUAUUUUACGCAGUUUAUAAAUAAGAAAUGCAAGAAAAUGUAUCCUGCAAAUCAUAAGACUGUGUUCGUACUGGAUCGCACUCCAUAUUUCGGCAUCUCUACCGAAUGUCCACUGGAGUUCGAUUUUUUAAAGAGCAGGGGACAAAAUCUUAUUCCACUAGCUCCGGUGUGCAAGUCCUUGUGGACCACGAGCGUUGAAGCCUCAUUGGAGUACUGUCGUAUUGUAUGGGAUCUUUUUCCCACAGGCAAAUUGAUUAGAUUUGUUGUUACCGAUCGUGCUGCUUAUGUAUUGAAUUCAUGGAGUCCAUUGCAACAGAAUUUAAAUCAUAUUAUGAAUGGCACUGCUAUUUUGGGAGUGCCAACGAAGGUACCGGAACCUGGGGAAGACUAUUCGGUGAUACACGGUUUGCGUGUGGCUAUCGAAGCUCUGAAUGACUGUUCCGACAUACAGCAUGAAAAAAGAACUUCUCUGAAUGAAAACACUAAUAAACUGGUGAAUAGAGGCAGGGUAAUAUGUAUUACAAGUGCACGUGACAACACCAAUAUGAAGAGCUUGGAGAAUAUAUUUUUGAGUGAAUUGGUACAAGAAAAUAAGCAUGCAUUAGCCUCAGAUAACAUGAUACCCAUUGACUAUUGUCACUUGGUUAUUCUGAAUAUAUACCCCAACAAUAUCGAAUCUCAAGUCACAAGUCAAGGCCCUAGAGUGGUAUCACCAUUACUCACAGUGGAAGUACAUUCAAUCAAGGCUUCAGCGCUUCACUCGAAACUCUCACAUUUGAUUUUAUCUCAUUACGACCUCGCCAGUACGACAGUGACAGGUAUACCUAUGAAAGAAGAGCAGAAUGCCAGUUCAUCCGCCAAUUACGAUGUGGAAAUAUUUCACUCUUCGGCUGCUCACACUGCCAUUCUGAAAGGAAACCCGCAAGACUCGGCAUUGAUAAAAACCUUCAGGCGUUUUGAGGAAGGAUCCGAAUAUGAGACGGUAACACUGAAGUGGUGCACGCCGCGCGGCUGCAGCGCAUCGGAGAUGCAGAACUGUACGGCAAUGCAUCGAAUUACGCCGGUGGACGUUAAUAGCAGACCUUCCUCGUGUUUGAUUAAUUUUCUAUUAAACGGUAGAUCUGUAAUGUUAGAGAUGGCUAGGAAAACCGGUGGAAAGACUAUUUCUCACCUGUUGGCAGCUCAUGGUGGCGAAAUAUUUAUUCACACUUUAUCCACCGCUCGAAGCGUUCUCGAGGAUCCACCGUCUAUUAGUGAAGGCUGCGGAGGACGAGUCACAGAUUACAGAAUAACCGACUUUGGCACUCUUAUGCGAAAUAACAUCUUAGUACCGCUAAAGCGCACUUCUAAUUCUAACAGUGACGGUCUAGUAGAGAAGAUGAGAUGUAGAUUGGAACGGCACACGAAGUAUUGGCCGAUGACAAUUUCCAGUACUCUCAUGUUCAACAUAAAACAGGUGAUAGAUCCUCUUCCAGAACUAAUGGUGAAGGACGAGCUUUCUGCGGAGGAGGUACUGCAGUGCAAGCAGGUGAUCUUCAGUUUGAUCGGAUUGGAAGCGAAGCACGAGGCUUUACCACUACCAAGCAUCGGCGGAGGACGCGGCGGGAAAGGAGGAGUACGUAGAGAGGAACAUUAUCGUCUACUGUGGGACGAGAUAGAAACAUUCCUCAAGCAUCAUGCGAACAACUCGGCCGCGCAUACCGAAGUGCUCAAUUGUUUGUUGGAGAUCAGGAACAAGAAUGACAAGGACAAGGUGGAGCUCGAUCAAGCUCUGCGAGAAUUAGACAGUUUUGGUAAAGAGGACGGAGCUACCCGAGUCAGCGUAAUCAGAGCGACAACGGAUUCGCCGAUGUCGCCACCGGGAAGCGUGUCGAUAUCGUUGAGCAAACAAUUGCACAAGGGUAACGCUGGAUCAAAGAGCCUCCUAGAUAUCUGGUUGCAGCGCAGUGCUCCGAAAGACAGAAAACCGGACUUUCACGGCAGGAUCAACAGUGACGGUCCUAAAGCGAAGCUAUAUCCAAAUAUGAAGGACGUGGGAAGAGAACCCAGAGAGCCUAUACUGGAAGGAUAAUGCGUAAAAGAAGGUUAAAGAAACGGAGCGGAGAAGCCAUAUGCGACAUUGCGCGUUGUAAAUAUAAUUGACAUCGGAUAUAUUAACAGACUUAUCGGACGUUCGUGACUGCAUUUAUUUCAUAAAUUUGAAUUACACAGAAGAGUGUUUUAACAUAAUUACGAUCAUAUUAAGAUAUUAAAAAUCGUUGAAAGCAAAUACAAUUCUGAUUUGGUUUAUUUUCUGAACUCUAAAUAAUUUCCACAUCUUUCGAAUGUUUUAUAAUUGAAUAAAAAUUGCAGAGGGAGAAAAGCACUUGUUAAAAAAUGCUGUAGAAAACGAUAGCGCGUGAAUGCAGAAAAAAAACCCGAAUCUAAAUCUACAUACGCAACAGAACAGGGAAAGGUUCAAGGAUUCAACUGGAAUGUGAGAAGAUAGCUCCAGGCCAAGGACGAAGCUAGAAUUUGCGGAUACGAUUAUCCGAAUAAUUACCGUCCGCCAAUUCCGUGUCGUGCGAAGACCCAUCUGUGUUCGGGAGUAUGUGUGAGACGAAAGUGUAUCAGUGGUACAACACCAUUCCCAUCUCCCUUCUCCUCCAUUCUGCCGUCAGCUUCUCCACCCCUCCCGCUGUUUUAUAGUCGACACGUCUGCCGAGUGUCUGAGCCGUCUGAACAAUACGUUGACCUCCGUCGAACCUAUAGUUCACUUCGGCAUGUGCCCCGCCGUACUAAUCGAUGGAUGUGGAAGGAUGCCAGAGUGAGAGGAGCAAGGAGAGGAAGAGCCCGGCAUGUAACUCGGCAUGACGCAUACACGAUCUCUCUCGGUUCGAGAGAGACGGACAAUGGCAAGGAAAGAGACACACAGUCUGAGGAAAGCCCGUAGUAUAUAUACCCAGGAAUUUGGAAGUUCACAGAUGUCAAUGGUGAAAACAUCUGGAGAGACUUAAGAUUAAGGAACUUGGAGCGCACAGAACGCCACACGAAUCCCAGUUGCUGAGAUAAAGAAGUAAAAAAUCUUAGAUAUCAAGAAUUAAGAUUCCGAAGAAUUAAGAAUUUUUACACGAUGAAGAAUUAAAGAUUCGCAAGCUUUUGGCCCCGUGCAUUCGAAGACGAUGAAAUCCUGGCUAUUCCUCAGGACUGUUCCGUAUUUAAAGAUCCAUCUGAAUUUAUGCACAAAUCACUUUUCCAACAAGAAGCGUUAAGAAAGAAUGCGAUUGAAAGAAAAUUACGCAACGAUCAAAUCAGUCUAUUUUAAGCGAGGCUAUUACUUAUGCUACACCUUGUAUAAUGCAAGCCGCUAAAAGAGAGACAGACGAGAAGGUGGCUAGGGGGCGAGAGGAUUACGACGAGGACGAGGUGGAGGAGGAGGAGGAGAACGAGGAAGAGGAAGAGGAAGAGGUGGAGGAGGGUUGCGGAAGGGGACCAGUGAGUACAAGUGCAUGACGUAACGGUUCAUUCAUCCCGAGACAGGCGAUAGAGGAUACCCCGGUCAAUGGUAUACUUAUGCAUGUAAACGCGCGCAUACGUGUGUACGUAUGCCGUAUGUAAGUAUGAGUGUGCAACGUGCAUACGUCUGUCGCGCUGCUCAUUUUUUUUCGGACGUACGCGCCACGUGCAUGCGUGUGUGCAGCGAUAAAGCAGCAUACGAUAGCAUGUGGCAGUAUUUUGUUAUUUUCUUUUCUCGAGAAGGUUGAAUGAGAGUUGAUAAUCUUUUUUUGUUUCAUUAUUUAUAUUAGAUAUUGCAAGUUAAAUAAGAUCUUCAUUCAAAAAUACACUUAAAAUAAAUUAACAACUUUUGAUAAGUAAUAAAGCAGGCGAAGUUUAAUAUGUAUAAUACGUGAUAUUUGAUAUAUAUGAAUAUGUGAUAUUUGAUACUUUUAUUGAUGAAGACCGACAUCAAUCAAAUUUUCAUUAUGCAUUUAUUGUUUCCGGAAAAGCGGGAUGUAUGAUCAAUGCUGUAAAAUUUAUUUUGUUAAAUAAUAAUUUAACCGAAGUGAAAUUCAUAUUAGUUAUAUGCUUAAUUUUAUUAUAUAGACUUGUUAUAUAUUUGCAAAACAAAUUUUAUUUGAGCAGAGAUUUCAGGAGCAUCAGUUUUUAGAUUCUUCAAAAAAUGUUCGGAAAAAAUUGUACUUUAAAAGUCGCGCCAGCCUUAAUUCGCGCUAGUUCCAAAUCAUAUUUUUCUAAAUCGAGUAGUCAACUCUUGACAUUUGAAUUCGUAUCUUACUUCAGUUUGAUUUCCAUUUUAACGAGAUAUAUUUAAUACAUUGUCGAUUUUAUCUGUUUCUUCCUCGAAUUUGUGUAACGCGUUUUGUGUGGUAAGAAUCUUAACUAUUUUAUUAAUUAAUCAUUGCAUUAAGCGACUAAAAUUUAUGUUGUUUGAUUUUAUUGGACAGGUUUUACUGGAAACGUCAAUUUUUAACCUAAAUCUAUUCAAAUCCAUUUCCAUCUAACAAUAAGCAUAUCCACACAUAUUAAUAUAGCUACUAAAUACGAUCAAUAAUUGCCAUGUGAUAUUAGUCGACGAUAGCGUUAAAUAUAAUGGGCGAUGAACUCAAUGCUGCUAAAAUUGCGAACGGAAUCAGGAAUUCUAGCUCUGGCUCUUUGCUACGCCGGACCGAAUCGAAUCGAUUGGCGAAUCUAAUUGGCAUUAUAUUAUCAGGUAAUCGUUAUUCAGAGAAUUAUAUGAAAUAUAUAUGCGAUAAUCAAUAUCAAUGAGGCGCGAUAACACGCGCUCUGUCUAAUUAUUUAGCGCCGUCAAUGCUUUAUGCCAUCAAUAUUAAAUACGAAAUAUACCAGCAGCGCAAUGCUGAAUACGUAAAUGGACAUAUUAAUCGCUAAUAGCGCGGCGCAUAGCAGUGGCUGGUAUCGCGUCAUGGCGAUACAGGAGUGCAGCGUUUAUAUAAUUGAAACUCGCAUAUAUAUAUAGCUGGUACAUAUCGAUCGCGGCCUCGAGGGUCACUGAACGAAACGAAGCGGCACAGCGCGAGCAUAGCAGCGUCCUUAUGCGCCAAUAAAUAAUUAUAAACAGGAGUUUUAAUGUGAAAACUCUGAUAAGCGCUGAAUCAAUGCCAAAUGAAUGGGAUUAUAUAAAAAGAAAUUAACGGAACAAAUAUAUUUCUGAGUUUAAAUUUUA